AAAAAAAACGAUGACGUGAAACGAUGAAGUCUUGCUGUGUUGUCACCAUCUGCUCGCACAGGAACAAACUGCUUCAAAGCAAACAUGAUGAAGUAAACAGACGAGUCAAGUUGCGAAAAACGGCAAGGCUACAUUGCAAAAUGGCUCCAGAACGGAACAUAUCUCAAUAACACUUACAGCCAGAGGAAAUAGAGUUAAUAUUUGUUCUAAGUACGCAGUAGUUGCGAGUGUCCCUCCACUGCGCGAGGAUGAACGUGGGCACGGCGCACAGCGAGGUCAAUCCAAACACACGAGUGAUGAACAGCAGGGGUAUAUGGCUCUCCUAUGUGCUUGGCAUCGGCCUCCUACACGUCAUAUUGCUCAGUAUCCCCUUCGUCAGCGUGCCUGUGGUCUGGACCCUCACCAACCUCAUCCACAACUUGUGCAUGUAUAUCCUCCUACAUACGGUAAAAGGAACACCGUUUGAGACUCCGGACCAAGGCAAGGCCCGGCUUCUGACCCACUGGGAACAGAUGGACUACGGGGUCCAGUUCACCGCCUCUCGCAAGUUUCUCACCAUCACCCCUAUUAUACUGUAUUUCCUGACCAGUUUCUAUACAAAGUAUGACAGGGUCCACUUCAUCAUCAACACCAUUUCCCUGCUCACUGUGCUUGUCCCCAAACUGCCUCAGUUCCACGGGGUCCGUCUCUUUGGAAUUAAUAAGUACUAAUGAGGUUUUGCUCUUCAGCACAAGAGGAAUUAAAAAUAGAGAAAUUGAGGGCUUCAUCGGAUGCACUGCUGCUUUGUGGACCAAGUUGCUAAACAAUCUGCUAUGGUAUCACUUUUAUUGAUGUUUUUUGUAUAAUAUUCAGUAGAUACAAACACAUUUGUAGAACCACAAGCAGAAUACAGCAAAAGAGGCUCUCUGGAUAUGUAGGGACCACCUUUAUACUAUGCUGCGUUAUGUACGUCAUUUGGAACUGUGUUAGAUUUCAGUCACUUUGGCAGAAAUGCUACAUUGAUGCAGUGAAUCAGAUGGGUCAAAAUACGCUGGUUCAUCUCUUCCUAUCUGUUUUGGGGGCCUGAGUCAGCACAUUCCAAUGUUCAGCACUUGAGUGUUAAAAAGAGAAAAAGGUACUUACAGUACUGAAGAAAGUGUACAAGGCUAUUUUUAGCCAAAAGACUGGCUAUAAUUCCAUUGUUGGAAAAUGUUUUUAGAUUUAAAAGAAAACGAGUUGCAUCUUAUACAUGCACAACCUGUUAAAAUGUUUUAAUCAUGUGUUGGUUGCAGUGCUCCAUCCAUAUCUGGUCUUUCACUAUUUUAUAACAUGCACUAAUAUUGAAGAACCAAAAAAGUUAGUUGCACACAUGGGAAUUAAAAACCUGUAAGAGUGGUUUCAUAUGGGGAGAACAGGCACAAGGGAAUAUUGGAUUGGAACUUUUUCCCCCCAAGUGAGAAACUGCAGUCUAACUGUGCACAUGACCUUUAGUCCUUGAAACUGUCUCGGUGGACACUUGUGUACAGCUACCGCACUUCAUGUCCAGGUCUGAGUGAGGAUAGAUUCAAUGGUAAUGCAGUUUGCUAAGGUACAGAAUAUUUCUGUGAAGCAUCAUCAAAAUGUGAAUAAGAUGUGUAAGUGUUUAUCAUUGUUAACGGACGUCAAUCACAAUGUUCACCUUUACCAUGUCGGUCUCACAAAGGCAGUAACUGAAACAACAUUUUUUAUUAUUACUAUUAUUAUUUUAUUUUUUUAAUUAGCGAUGUAAAGCAAACCUGUCUGUCACAGUACAUCUACAGAUUUGAGUUUUGAGCAAAUAUGUAGCUACUGCAUUUUGCCUUUGUACAGCAGUAUGGACUGAUGACGGUCCCUGUGAUAUGCAUUUUGCAUUUGACAGUACUAUACUGAGCCUAAUUUAUAAUCAUUAAAGGGGGGGUGAAAUGCUCGUUUUCACUCAAUAUCCUGUUAAUCUUGAGUACCUAUAGAGUAGUACUGCAUCCUUCAUAACUCCAAAAAGUCUUUAGUUUUAUUAUAUUCAUAAGAGAAAGAUAGUCUGUACCGAUUUUCCCGGAAAAACACGACCGGCUGGAGGCGUGACGUGUGGGCGGAGCUAAAUAAUCACGAGCGCCAGUAGGCUUUUGCGUUGAGAGCGUUUGGAAGCUGUGACAUUACCGUGAGGGAAAAAAACCAUCACCCAAAACAAACCAUGGCUAACAGUCAGAUUCAGCCGUUUAUUUAUGAUCCAGAAUCAGAUCCCGAGGCAGAAACUGAACAAGAGCAGCAGCAGCAACGACGACUCGCUCCGAGCGGGGCUCGAACCUGGGUCUCCGGCAUGGGAGGCGGACGCACUAACAAGGAGGCAGAGAUAUUUUAAGCAGUUUUACUCACCGCCUGCGGUUCCAACACACGAUUGUGACACUUUUUCGUUGGGAUUGCAUCAUCCUUAAGAAAUAAACGAUACGCAAAUCCGUCGUCAAACUGGGCCUUGUUUGUAAAACAAGCAUCUUCGAAAUGCAGGGAACAAACAAAAACACUUGCACAACUCCGUUGAUGCUCUGUAAAAAUAAACUCCAUCCACUGGUCCCUUAAUACUGGUUUUUGUUGGUAAUCUGUGCAGGGUUGUCUUGCCCUGGCAACCAAAAAUACACUUCUUUUGUGACAUUUCGCGACGCUCUCGCUCUGAUCAGUGAAUGUCUGUUGUGCUCUCAGUGCUCUGCUAUACGGGAGCGCGCGCUCUUCCGGCAGACGUGCCCUUAGGACCCAUAUAAGGAAAUUCCGCUCCAUCUAACGUCACACAGAGCCAUACUCGAAAAAAACUUUCCGAAACUUGUGACAAACUGGAAGGAGUAUUUUGGGAACAAAAAUACUCCUUCAAACGUACAACUUAAUUUUUGAAACUUUGUCCAUGUUUAGCAUGGGAAUCCAACUCUUUAACAGUGUAAAAAAACUCAGUAUGCAUGAAAUAGCAUUUCACCCCCCCUUUAAUAAUUAUCUUAUGUUGGAAUGAUGUAUGGUCUGUGACUAACCCUAGUACUUACCAAGCAAGAUUCAUUAAAGGUUGCUUUGAAAAUGA